AUGCAGCACCAGCAGCGGCAGAACAACGCCUACUCGCCGCUGCCUCCCGGCCCUUCAGCGACUGCUGGCGGUCAAUUACCAUCGAUGGGCUUCGACGGCACCAGCUACUCGCACCUGCCGGCCUAUGUCUCGCCGCGAUUAAGCCAAUUAUCACCUCACUCGGCCUCGAGCCCUUCUUCGACGCAGACAACACUGGGACGAAGUCAAUCACUCGGCCAUGCCGCCUAUCAGCAACUGCAGAAUUCUGUCUACAGUCCAACGUCGCCAACACAGCCGCACCCCAUCGACUCUUCUAGCCCGUACCGGUCACGAGAUCGAAGAGAGGUUUCUGUUUCUGAUGGUGGCUCCACGUCUUCGUAUGCCCCUCAGCCUCCUCGUGGUGGCCCUUCUUCGUCAGGAGGAAGCCUUCUGCCGACGAUCAACACACACAUUCCGAGCGGCAACUUCAUGAAUAGUCCCUACAGCCCACAACGGGCCUCGAUGAUUGUCGAUACACCGUCCUACAGCGGGCAGCACGCAGGAGGAAGAGGGCCGCGAUCACCCACAGGCUUGCAGACCGGAACAUCGUCGUACGCGCCGCAUUCAUCCAAUCGUCCCGUAAGCAUGUUUGCCGAUCCAUCAUCGUCGUCAUCCUACGCACCAUCAACUUCGAACAAUCCAGGCGCGUCUCGCAGUGCAUACAUGGAUCUUCCUACAUCGUUGAGUCCUUCGCAUCGUCUCUCGCCGGGUCGCCAAUACGCUGGGUCGCGGCCUCCGGUCGAGUCCGGCAAUGGGUCUCAGCUUAUGGGCGACUCGUUGCCCCUCUAUACCAGCAAUGCCGGUGCGCCGACGGGGCGAUUAUCGUCACCGUACCAGCAAGGACAGAUCUCCGUUGGUGGGGCGCCGAUGGGCUACGGGAGCCACAAUGACGCAGGUCGGAUGAGCGUAGAGCCUGGCGAGCAGCAGCGGAGAGAAAGGCGGACCACACUCACACCCUCUGGCGUCGAGUCGGGAGCAGGAUACGACUGGAGCGCACAGCCGCAUCCCGCCAAAGUCCGUCCUGCCAUUCGACCUGCAGAGGGCUUCAGGAGAGUGCGAGAUCUUUCGGAUCUCAAGACCAACACAGACCUGGCUCAGCAGGGCAAGGGGAGAAGAGCGGACCCUACGGGCGGAUACGUCAGCCCGCUCAAAGCCAUGACGGCCUAUCUCCACCACACCUACCACCUCGUCAACCCCUCUUUCUUCUACGAGCUUUCAUUCAACCCCAGAAGAGUGUUGACCAAGCCAAGCAAGCCUAUGCAUAAUGAUGGGCACGACAACGAGGACAGUGAUUACAUUCUCUACGUCAACGAUUGGCUCGGGGCCGAGGAGGGCAACCGGUACCUCAUUCUCGACAUUCUUGGUCAGGGCACUUUCGGGCAAGUGGUCAAGUGCCAGAACAUGAAGACGCACGAGAUUGUGGCUGUGAAAGUCAUCAAGAAUAAGCCUGCCUACUUCAACCAGAGUAUGAUGGAGGUCACGAUUCUCGAAAUGCUCAAUGGAAGCUGGGAUCCGAAUGACGAGCAUCAUAUCCUGCGCUUGCGCGACACUUUCAUCCACGCGAAACAUCUAUGCCUCGUCUUUGAGCUUUUGUCGUCGAACCUCUACGAGCUCAUCAAGCAGAACUCUUUCCGAGGUCUCAGCACCAGCCUCGUCAAAGUCUUUACCACCCAGCUUCUCGACGCUCUCACCGUUCUCAACGAGGCCCGGCUGAUCCACUGCGACUUGAAGCCUGAGAAUAUUCUUCUCAAGACGCUGCAAACGCCAAGCAUCAAACUUGUCGAUUUUGGGUCGGCAUGUCAUGAACGACAGACGGUGUACACCUACAUCCAAUCGCGCUUCUACCGCUCACCGGAGGUCUUGCUUGGGUUGCCUUACAACUCGGCCAUCGACAUGUGGUCGCUGGGUUGCAUUGCUGUCGAGCUCUUUCUGGGUCUGCCGCUGUUUCCAGGCACGUCCGAGUACAACCAGGUCUGCCGCAUUGUCGAGAUGCUCGGUUUACCCCCGGCUUUCAUGCUCGAGAAUGGCAAACAAACGGGCGAAUUUUUCAGCGUCUACACCGACGAUUACGGACGUCGGAAUUAUCGGCUCAAAUCCUUGGAGCAGUAUUCGAGAGAGCACAACGUUCAGGAACAGCCGUCAAAGCGAUACUUUGAGGCCACAACGCUGCCGGACAUUAUCAAGACGUAUCCUCUGGCGAGAAAGAGUGGCAAGAGCACAGACGUGCAAAAGGAGAUGGCAAAUCGGACUUCGUUUGUCGAUUUUGUCUCUGGGCUCCUGCACAUGGAUCCCAGCCAGCGCUGGACGCCCCAACAGGCCAAGCUGCAUCCUUUCAUCACUGGCGAAAAGUUCACGCAGCCGUUCAAGCCGCCCCCGACAUCGCCCACUGCUGGUAUCAGCUCUUCCCGCAGCAGCAAGGCUCUGACCAAUGAAGACACCACGACCAAACAUCCAUAUGGCGGGCUUCCACAGACUGCACCACGAUCAUCAGGGCGCGCUUACCACGAUGCUGCAGCCUACAAUCAGCACCUGGCUCAGCAGCAAACGUACAAUUCAGUCCAUCAGGCAAGACAAGCGCAGCUGCCUGCCGUCAACAACCCGUAUGCGCGCGAGGAGGCUGCGGCGGCCCAAGCUCAGGCACAACAAGCCGAGGCGCAAGCACAGGCCCAGGCGGUGGCAAAGGCCCAGGCGCAGGUCCAAGCUCAACAUGCCGCGCAGGCUCACGCACACGCGGCGCAGAUGCACGCGACCAUGUCUCCUCCCCACUAUGGCGACGGUGGAGGCCGAGGUCCGAAUGCAGCAUCUAGCGGGGCUUAUGCGCAGACGCAGAAUCGGAGCCGGAGCAACACGCUGACGAGGAUGGACAUCAUUCCUCCAAAAAUGGCUCGGAUGGGCUUGGAUUCGAAUACGGGUGCUGGUCAGUCGGUGACGCCGGUGCUCAACCGCGAAGAGUCGUUGCGAGAAUGGGAGAGACGCCAGCAAAACGGAGCUCAACCGCAGCAGCAGCAGCAACAGCAGCGCCCGCCUGUUCAGCAAGGUCAAGCUGGCGGGAAAACUUCGUCGACGAGCUACCAGAAUCUCGAGAUGCUGCAACAGCAGGCCGAGAUGAGCCCGCCUGCCGCAGGAGGAUGGGGCCAACCUCAAUGGUCCGCAACAGCCACAUCACCCUCCUAUCAAGCAUCGUCAAAUAGGCACUCAUCGUACCAUGCGUCGCCCAAGUCGGGUGGCAGUGUCACCUCCCCUUCGAUGUUCUCCGUCGUCGUCGACAGCCAUGACAAUCGGAGGUUGGUGAACCCACACGAUACUUCGAUGGCGUCUUCGGCUUCCCUGAGGCAGCUUUCGACGCAGUCGCCCACUUCGCACAUUGCUGCACCGCCUGUAGCCUAUUCGGGCGCCUCCUCGUCUUCCUCGGCUGCUGGAGCGCAAGCGGCGCGAUACCAGCCUACGCAGCAGCAGCCAGCGUCAGCAACAACUGCAAGUGGACUCUAUGGCAAUGCUGGGCUGUCAUUUGAUCCUUACGACACAGGCAUUGCUCAGCUCAUGCCAUCACUCAAACCGACUCAGUACCAGCAUCAGCAGCAGCCACAUCAGAGUGGUGGGCCAUCAUCGUCGUCGAAUCGUCAUUCGAUGGCAGUCAUGAUGAGCCCCACAUCGGCAGGCGCUCCUCUGUCGGCGGCAAGCCCGCAGCAAGGAAGUGCAGGUGGUAUCGGACCGUCAACGAUGUAUGCCGGUCUUGUGCCUGGGAGCAUCCUACCACCCAAUACAGCGCUCUCACCGUCGAGCCACGCUGCGGCGCUCGCGGGCGGCAGCGGUGGUGCUGAUGCAUUUGCAGGCCUGGACCACCGUCGCUAUAGCUCGAACAACAAUCGACUGCCUUCGCCUGGCCACCAGCAACAGCAGGGAGCGUAUCACAGUCAAGGCGUCUCGUCCUCCUCUACGGCAUCGGCAUCUGCUCGACAGUCACAGCAGGUCUCCUCGCCUCACAACCAGCCUCGCUUCUAG